AUGUAUAUCUCCAAUGAUCGCCUCCUCUUCCUCGCCCUUCUCGCCGGCACCAAAACCUUCGCCAGCCCCACCCCAGCAAACAUUGAUUUAUCAGAAUCAGCUCUAGAGCCGCGAAUCAUCCCCUUAGUCGUCGCACUAACCGUCGAUGUACUCCCCGCCCUCAUCGAGGGCGGUGCUUUCGCUGGCGCCGUCGCAGACGACAUGUUCGGUGCAAUGGCGAGCGACGAACCCUACAAAAGCAAAGAGACGUGCCGCGUAGAGAUCACAUCUAGUAAGAACACGAAAUUUGGGGACUGGGGUCGCUGCUGGAUGAAAGCCUGGCCCAAAGGCCAAGACGGCGGGUAUGGGGCAGAAGGCAACACUGGCGGCGGUAAGGUCCUCGAGGAUGAGGAGUGUCCUGCUGGCAGCAAUGGCCUGGGCAACAGCAAUGAUGAUAUCCUCGGUGACUGGGGGAUAGAAUGGCGCGGCCAUGGGCACAAAGACUGCACCGAUGACGGCACCGCGGGUUGGGUCUGCCGACCAUUCCUGACAUUCCAUCGCGUGUUCGCGAACGGAACGAGUGUCGCGCUCGAGCUGGAUGUGGCUGAAAGUGGCGAUCCAGGGCACACGGAGGGAAGUGGGAAGAAGUAUCUCUGCAAUAACGGGCGAGAGGGGACGGGCGUUUUGUCAACCAAGGAGGGGUAUGAUGACUAUCAUUGCGCUGUGCCUUGCAAGGAGGACAUGAACUUGCCGGAGGGUGGUGACUGA